AUGCAGUUUGACACAGUAAACUUGUAUGACUGGUUGGAGAGUGGUGAUAUAGCCCUGACUGGAAUUACAGGAACUAUUCCAGAGGAAUAUAGUAACAGCCACAUUCCUACUCAGAUCCCCACCACCCUAGGAAAUAUAGACAAAAAGUUAGCACAGGCUGCUAUAGAUGUUCUUACUUCCGGUUCUUUAACACCUUUAAUCAAAGAAGAACUGAAAACAAAAAUUCAGGCUCAGCGUCUAAAAAGUGGUAAAGAGGAAUUGACAGUGUUUUUUGAAGAGGAAAAGAAAUGUGAGUUACGAGACGACGAGAAGGAAAGAAUGCAGAAGCGGAAAGAAGCUAAUAGAUUAGCAGCUAUUAGGUUUAGAAGAAAGAGAAAGAGUCAGGAACUUCAACAAGUCGAGGAAUGCACAGAAUUAGAGAGAAAGAAUACUAAACUGUUAAAAAAAAUAGUUGAUUUAGAAGAAGAAAAACAACAGCUCCUAGAUAUGAUCAGCUCUAUUAGAAGCCCUCCCUAA